AUGCCAUAUGCUGCCGAACAGGAUAUCCAGUGGCCACCUAAUAGGUCGGAUAUAUUCAUUGUUACUUGGAAGCAGCAUAUUUAUUUGUUUCAAAUAGAAGAGUCGACAUCUGUCUCUGAAGGCCCCAAACGUUUUGUGAUCGGAUCGAAGUAUAAGUUCGUGAUUUCUGUGUUAAACAUUUGGGGCAAUAACAUAUACCCACAAUGUGUGACAUGGGUUUCUAGUACCACUAAAGCGAGUCUUGACGUGGUUCCGGAUCAUCUGAUUGCUGUUACACUCAGCGGUGGAUAUGUUAGGCUAGUCGGGCUUCCCGAAUCUAAUGCAGAAGAGGAUAGAUUUGGCUUACAAAACAAAGAACUGACACCUAGAUUUAACAGGAACACUUCAUUUCUUGCUUGGAACCCAUGGAAACGUAACUUGCUAGCUCAAGGUUUAGAUAAGCCUCGGAACAGCAGAGAGCCUUCUAUAUUAAUAUGGGAUGUAACAAAGUUUACUGGAUCGCGGUCGGCCAACACGAAGCCUGCAGAGCGGGACCCGGUUUGCACAAACGGACUACACGCACAUCCAUAUUCACUUCCGUUCGCACUAACCGGUUUGGAUUGCAAUACUCCAGAUUCUCAUUUCUUGUCUCCCUUGGUUUCUAUAUAUUCUUCAGUAUCGAAGAAAGAAUGGAUAUCUGAUAUAACAGUGUGUGAUAAAUCCUUAUGUGACUUAGGCAUACAAGAUACCGCAUCAUCAUUUGCAUGGCUUUCCAAAAGCUCAUUUAUCGCGGGAAUGUCAGGGACGUAUUUGAAAGUAUUUGAUUUAUCUGACCCAUCCAAAGCUUGUCAGAUUAUUACCACUAGGGCAGUCAAUGGUUUAACAGUUGAUCCACUGUGCAGUAAGCGUUUUGCUUCGUUUUGUGAGAGACAGAUUUCUAUAUGGAGACUGGAUAAUUUAGAAAAACCUGUUUACACAUUUAUUGAGUCUGGUGAUAUCCAACAAAUCAAAUGGAGUCCUCUAAGAGAAGCUUGGUUAGGUGUAUUAUUAACAGAUUCCUGCGUGGUUAAGUUAUAUGAUACAUACCCCAUGUUUUGUCAACCAUUAGAGGAACCUGAACAAAUUCCAUUGGAAAGAUUACUUUUCCCAUCAAGUCGAUCAAGUGUGAGUCUAGCAGCAUUCAGUUGGCAUCCAUCUAUUGUCAACUGUGUAUUAACCUUGGAUCGUGAUGGUUGUAUGGAUGUUGCUCAUCUAGUUGAACGUGCAGCAAUUGGAUGGUCAGCUAAUCAAACAUUAUUUUGGUCAUAUAGUGGUGAUUGGAUUGCAUUUAAUCCAUCUGGAUUCACUAGUAAUAAUCCAGAUGUAUUAAUGGAAUUUCUACAUUCUUUUAAUAGUAAACAAUCAGAGAAUAUGAAUAAUAACAGUAAUAAUGAAACUAGAGAUAUUUCAUUAGGAACUUCUCAUGUAAACAAUCAGAAUACUAUUCAUAAAGAUGAUAGUAAUAAGUGUUAUGGUGAAACGCAAACAGCACUUCAUAUUGAAUUAAAGCAUAGUCUAGAAACAGAUAUCGCAGUUAUUAUGAAGAGACGAGCUGAACUUGGAUAUGGACUAGAUAUUGAAGGUGCUACAUACGUUGAAAUUGUUAAGGACGAUGUUCAAUUAAGGUCAAUGUGGACGUGGAUUAAAUACAUCAAUGACUAUAUGGAUGAACUCUUGAUGAGGCGACAAUUGGAGGUAGAAUCAUCUCAGUCAAAUUAUACAACAAAUCACAGAGACAGCGCUGGUGCUGUUGCGAGACGACGUGUACCUUCUCGAUGUUUUGGUGUUAUUUCAGUUCUUUGUGAAAGUUCUUUACCACCAGGUGUUAUAUUAGCAAGUGAAGUAUUAACACAUGUUGAGUGGCAAGGAAUAGAUGCGAAAUUACCAUUUUCACGAUAUCGGAGUCCUGAAAGGUCUCGUGUUCUUCGUCUAUGUAUGUGGCCAUUGGAUGAUACAGAUGUUGUUCAGCGCCCUGUGUUUGAAAGCUUAUGUUCUGAAGGUCAAUAUGAACGAGCAGCUGCAAUGGCUUUAAUGAAUUUAAAAUUUGAUUGGGCUCUUAGUUUUCUAAAUCGAGCAUCAUCAGAUUCUGAUAUUGGUCUAGUUGCAUUGGCUUUAGCUGGUUACACAGAUACACGUAAUGAAUUAUGGCGAACUACAUGUGCCAACUUGAUAAAGCAUGUACAAAAUCCCUACCUACGUGUUAUGUUCAUGUUCUUAAGUCGUCAAGGUGGAGAUUUCGGACCAAUAUUGAAUGAUGAUACUUUAUGCCUUAUUGAUCGAGUUGCUUUCGCUUGUCUCUACUUAAAUGAUGAUGAUCUUCUUAUGUUUGUACGUUCAACUUGUGAUUCUAUGGUACAACGUGGACAACUAGAGGCUAUUCUCUUAACUGGUCUAUGUUCAAGUGAUUUUAUCACCCUAAUACAGAAUUAUGUUGAUAUAACUGGCGAUGUACAGUCAGCUGCAAUAGUUGGCCUACAUGCUUGCCAUUUAUUUUCGAAUGAUUGUUAUACAGUAAUAAAUAAUGACAAGAGAACUGAUAUUAAUGGUGAUUGUAUGCAGAAUCCACGCCGUUCACAGACUGGAUUAAAUUGUAUGCGAUCAACAAAUAUGGAGAAACGGUUGUCGACACCUUUUGGUGGUGUCAGUGGAGUGGGAUGUACUUCCUUAUCUAUUGAAGAACGGCCUGAAAUUAUCAAAAUUGGUGGGCCUAAAUUAGCUAAUUGGGUUCAGUGUUAUCGUGAUCUAUUAGAUCAGUGGCAAAUGUGGUUCUGUCGAGCUGAUUUUGAUAUUACGUAUAAAUCACGUAUUUUAUCUGAUUACAUGUCGUCAACAAGUAAUUCUCGAAAUCAAAUGUCCAGUUCAUUAUUGAUGUCAUCGAAAACUAUCGAAUCUGAUAUGGCUACCACUACCGCUAUUACUACCACCUCCACAAUGAAUACUGCUAAUGUAGCACAUAGUUGUAAAGUUCGAAAUAUUGGAUUGGUAGCUGGUGCUAAUCAAGUCUUUGUCGCUUGCGGUUUCUGUGGUUGGCGUUUAGAGCCUCAAAGUUACAAGUUGAAUAUGUCAUCAAUAACAUGUACUGUCAAUAGUUGUACAAGUGGUGGUGGUGGUGGUAGUAGUAAUAGUAGUAUUACUAAUUCAUCCAUCACGGAUAAUCCAACAUGUUCUUCAACAACCUCUGGCCUACAAAUGCAUGGUGGUGGUGGUAAACAAACAAUUUGUCAACGUUGCAGGAAACCUCUACCCAGAUGUUCAAUAUGUUUAAUGCAUUUGGGUACAUCGAUUCCUUUGAAUGAACAUAUGACAAUGUCCACUGCUGCAAGAGGGGAAUCAAUGCUACGACAAAUAGCUUUAUCAUCAGCACCUGAGUUAUCGGUUGAUUUUAUCAAAGCUUUGCAAGUCAGUAUUACAGGCGCAACAGUUUCACUACCUGAGGGUCCUGUGAGUAAGGGUAAUCCGAAAAAUAUACAUUCAUCUAGUCGGAAAUCUUCAUUACUGGCCAACUCUUCAGCUAUAGCUGAUUGGUUUGUUUGGUGUCAAGCGUGUAGACAUGGUGGUCAUGCUAGUCAUUUAAUUGAUUGGUUCUAUGGAGAUUCAUUAUCUAAUUCAAAUGAUAUAGGUCAUUUCAAAGAAUGUCCAGUUAGUGGAUGUCAAUGUCGAUGUGCUGCACUGGACACUAAUCAAAAUCUUUUACCGUUGAAUUAUAAGCGUUUAUCUAUCAAUAGUAAUGCGGAAUCAGAGGAUUCUGGUUCAGUUGACGGUGAACCAAUCGGAUUGGAUGAUAUAGUGCUACUUCAGCACAUUUUCUGA